UCGUUGGCUUCACACGAAGUUCGAGACCAAAGAGGUUGACUCGUUUUUCUGUCCUAAAACACUGGAGAAUAUAUAACCUCGGAGCUCCUUGGAGCCAUUUAGCUGUCAAUCUGAACAACUGCUGUAGUGUCCAUACCGCAAUGGCGGCUCACGUACCAUCUCAAAAGACCCCCCAGCUCCACCCGAAAGCCCCGUUUAUGUGGGGCUUUUAACGGGUGGGGGGGUAAAAGAGAUGUGUGUCAUCACCUUACCUGCAGAAAGACAACACGUGCACGUAAGCAGUUUGCCGCCUAAUGGUCAUUUGCACGCAGCUUUCAGGAUGUGUCUCAGACUGUUCCAUGGUCUUUGCUUGAAAUCUGAGCAGUACCGCUAACUGGUUAGGAUAUAAAGAAAGCCACCAUUGACCACACUGUAGCACCGAGUGACAUGAUCCUUCAUUUCACUCUUAAAUGAACAGUUUUUGAGAGGCAGGUCGGGGGAGACUCUCUGGCACACUUCCCAAAGGUGUCAGAAACAUUUCUAUAAAAGAAGUUGUUAACGUGAAAGGAGAACCGGAGAAUCUAGUGAGACUGUCGUGAGCGGCUGGUGCAGAGAGGACUCAGAAGCAGUUGUACGGGGACUGAACUACACUGCUCUGAAACCUCUUUGACCAACCGCUAUUGGUUUGGAUCGCUAUGGACUUACCACAGCAAUCAGACAGAUUAAUAGGUAAGACAGCUGGGAGGGACAAAGAGCUGCACCCAGCAGCAGUAGGAGACAAGGGACAGACAUCUGCGGACUUCAGCCGCAUCUACAGCAGAGACCUGCUUCCAGCUCCAGGGGGUGAGGACAUGACCAGAGAAUUUCUGAAGGAGCUGGUUGACAUCCUGUUGGCUUAUAUCAGCAAGUCAAAUCAGCGGAGCUCCAAGGUCCUGGACUUCCACCAUCCUCACCAGCUAAAGGAGGGCCUGGAGUGCUUCACUCUGGACCUGCCUGACAAACCAGAAUCUCUGGAGCAGAUACUAGUAGACUGUCGAGAUACACUUAAAUAUGGUGUUUGUACAGGUCAUCCCCGGUUCUUGAACCAGCUGUCUUCUGGGUUGGACGUGGUUGGUGUAGCAGGCGAGUGGUUGACCUCUGCAGCCAACACUAACAUGUUUACGUUUGAAGUGUCCCCUGUUUUCGUCCUCAUGGAGGAGUUUUUGCUGAGGAAGAUGCAAAGCAUUGUGGGGUGGUCCGACGAUGUGGGAGACGGAAUCUUCUGUCCAGGAGGCACAAUAUCCAAUCUGUACAGCGUCCUGUUGGCCAGAUAUCAUUUCUAUCCAGAGGUGAAGACAAUGGGGAUGGGAGUUCUGCCUCAGCUGGCCCUCUUCACUUCAGAACAAAGUCACUACUCAGUAAAGAAAUCUGCAGCAGUACUGGGGAUGGGCAGCAAGAAUGUGUUCAUGGUGAAAUGUGACGAAAGUGGGAAAAUGAUUCCUUCUGAACUUGAGUCUUCCAUCGUUACUGCUGAAAAAAAGGGGCUCGUUCCUUUCUACGUGAAUGCGACAGCAGGCACCACGGUGUACGGAGCCUUUGAUCCUCUCGACGCCGUGGCCGACAUCUGCCAGAGACACACACUGUGGAUGCAUGUAGACGCAGCGUGGGGGGGAGGCCUGCUGAUGUCAGACAGGCACAAGAUGAAACUACGGGGCAUUGAAAGAGCCUGGUCUGUAACUUGGAAUCCUCACAAGAUGAUGGGCGUCCCUCUGCAAUGCUCUGUCAUACUCGUCAAGAAAAGAGGUCUUUUACAGGAAUGUAAUGAUUUCGGGGCAGAGUACCUUUUCCAGACAGACAAAACCUAUGACGUGAGCUAUGACACUGGAGAUAAGAGCUUCCAGUGUGGACGACAUGUUGAUGUCUUUAAACUUUGGCUCAUGUGGAAGGCAAAGGGCUCCGAGGGAUUUGGAUCUCAGGUGAACAAAUGUUUGGAGAAUGCGGAGUAUCUGUAUGAUCAACUGCAAAGGAGGACGCACUUUGAACUGGUCUUAAAAAAUAAGCCAGAGCACAGCAAUGUGUGUUUCUGGUACAUCCCUCCAAGUCUGAGAAGCUUGCCACCUGGACCAGACAGAGACGCGAGACUCCAUCAGGUGGCUCCUCGGAUCAAAGGCAGGAUGAUGGAGAAGGGCUCAGUCAUGAUUGGCUAUCAGCCUUUGGGGGAUAAAGUCAAUUUCUUUAGGUGCGUGUUCUCUAAUCCAGCUACGCAGCAAGAGGACGUCGACUUCCUGCUGGAGGAGAUUGCCCGGCUGGGCAAUGACCUCUAAUUUGAUCACUUUGUCAUGUUGAAGGAGAUGCGUGCAUUCUAACAGGACCAUCAUUUGACUGUGCCACGAGUAGUCGAUCCAACAGUGUUAGAGGCAAUUACUGAAAAAUAUGCUCUACAGCCUCGUAACAUUACAGCUUUGCUGUCCUAUAACAAAAAUCACCCUUUGGCUGAUAAACACAUCUGAUUUAAUAAGCUUUUUCAGUAAGUCAAAAUGAAGAUUUCACUCAAGAUCUGCUAGCUUUAUAGUUCAGAGUUCAAAAAUAGUCAUUGGAUCAGUUUAAAGAAACACGGUCCGGUUUGGUUUUAACUUUAGUGUACUACAUUACGGAUCAGUUUUAAUGGGCCCUAAUAUUUUGUAGAUUUAGAUCACCAGUCUUUUUUUU